AUAGACAGGCAUUUCUAUUGGUCGGGGACACGCGCCGAGAUGCGUCUAUCGAUUUUAACAAAACUGCGCCCUGUUUGCUAAAGUGCGAUUCAGUUAAACGAAAGUCGGGAUCAGGCUGUAGCGGUAGGGUGUUUUUGAACCCGAGCGCCUUGCACUAUAAGGGCGUCGUCCAACCCCAUGCCUGAUAGUUGUUCCAUCCAUUUAGUUGUAGUAGUGAAGUUAAAUCAGUGUUUCCUGUAUAGCUAGUAAUAUUUUUAUUUAAAAAUGGGUGGGUGCGCUUCAAAGGAAAAUACUGCGACGGAUCCUCAAAAAAAAGAUCAGGAAGAUGAUACUACCGGAAAAGAAACUUCAAAAAAAGAAACGAUGGUUGACGCCGCAGUUUUGGAAAAACUUGAAGCUGGCUUCAAGAAACUUGAAGCUUCUGACUCCAAGUCUCUUUUGAAGAAAUACCUUACCAGAGAAAUCUUUGACCAACUGAAAACCAAGCAAACUUCGUUUGGUUCCACUCUUUUGGACUGCAUCCAAUCAGGUAUUGAAAAUCUUGAUUCUGGAUGUGGUAUCUACGCUCCUGAUGCUGAAGCUUACACAGUAUUUGCUCCUUUGUUCGACCCUAUCAUUGAGGACUAUCAUCAAGGAUUCGGCAAGGGUGACAAACACCCCCCCAAGAACUGGGGUGAUGUCAACGUAUUCGGCAACCUCGACCCCACUGGUGAAUAUGUUGUCUCCACCCGUGUAAGAUGCGGAAGGUCUAUGGAAGGAUACCCAUUCAAUCCUUGCUUGACUGAAGAGCAAUACAAAGAGAUGGAACAGAAAGUUUCCUCCACUCUUUCUGGGCUUGAAGGAGAACUCAAGGGUACAUUCUACCCAUUGACUGGAAUGAGCAAGGAAGUUCAGCAAAAGCUGAUCGAUGAUCACUUCUUGUUCAAGGAAGGUGACAGGUUCUUGCAAGCUGCCAAUGCUUGCCGCUUCUGGCCAACUGGUCGUGGUAUCUACCACAACGACAACAAAACAUUCUUGGUUUGGUGUAACGAGGAAGAUCACCUUCGUAUUAUUUCCAUGCAAAUGGGAGGAGACUUGGGAGAAGUCUACCGUCGUCUUGUAACUGCUGUCAAUGACAUCGAGAAGCGCAUUCCUUUCUCUCAUAAUGACAGGCUUGGUUUCCUUACUUUCUGCCCAACCAACUUGGGUACCACUGUCCGUGCAUCAGUGCACAUCAAAGUACCUAAACUAGCCGCUAACAAAGCCAAACUUGAAGAGAUUGCUGCCAAAUACAACUUGCAAGUCCGUGGUACUCGUGGUGAACACACCGAAGCCGAAGGUGGCAUCUACGACAUUUCCAACAAAAGACGUAUGGGACUUACCGAAUUCGAAGCUGUUAAGGAAAUGUAUGAUGGUAUUGCUGAACUGAUCAAAAUUGAAAAGGAAUUGUAAACCCCAUACAUUCGUGAUCAUUACAUAAUAAGCAAUGAUAUUAUAUUUAAUUUUUUAGUACAUUUCGUACGUAAUAUUGGUUGCUGAAGAAGCAGAGAUUGCUUAUUGCAGUCAAAGCUUCUAAAAACUACUGUAAUCAAAGCUUUCUAGUCGGCAUUAUUUCGGAUCAAGCAGCGUUAAAAUUUUAUUUCUUUUAAAUGUCAAACAUUAAAAUCAUCCGUUAUUCUUAUUAUUUUAGGAUUUACGUAAUAUAAAAUAAAUAAGUAUUAUUUUAAUUGCAAGUUUAUUUACUAAAAGAGUCGUUUAAUAAAAGACGUCCAAUUAA